UGCAAAUAACGUACUUCCCAGAGUGAAGUAAGCAGAGAAACAAUGGAUUGUGCAGCUUAGGCUAUAUAAAGGGAUGAGCAAGCUCUGUAGUGGGAGCCGUAGAAUCCUGUCUACCUCAGCCAUGAGGUGGGUAAGAGUCUUCCUUUUCCUCUUCUGGAUCUGGAACUCAGCAUCAUGGGUUACAGGCCUACGCGGCAGUCUAGGAACAGAGUUCAUCACCACCUUUAUGCAGAAUUAUGGGCCACCUGGCACGUGCGUGUUGCAGAUCACCGGCCAGUUCGACCUCACUCGCGUGACCAUCUCUGUCCCUUGUAGUAACUGCCAGGACAAACCAAGGUACCUGGAGAAAAUUAUAGUAAACAAAGGAAGUACAGCUAAUGUGACCCUCCCGACAUAUGUGGAAAUCACAGGCAGCAAAUUGUUUUCCGACGUCGUCCGGAUCAGCGCGGACAAAGACAUCUCUGUGGUAUCCGUGAACUCCAAGGCUUACAGUACUGAGGUCGCCCUCCUGUACCCUGUGGACAGUUUAAGGCAUGAAUAUUACAUAGUCACUCCCUCCUCAGGGCCAAGUGGGGCCUUUCCGGAGUUCUCUGUCAUCACCUCCCAAGGGCCUAAUGUGGUAGACAUCUACCUGAAAGCACAGGUGACCUUCAGUGGGAAAAUAUAUCCUGCAGGAAGCAAACUGACAGUGACUUUGGAAGCUUUCCAUGGAGUCCAGCUGCAAGCAAAUGUUGAUCUGUCUGGUACUAGGAUUAUCUCCAAGGAGCCUGUGGCUGUCCUGUCUGGUCAUGUCUGUUCUUGGAAGUACACGAAGUGUAACCAUGUCUAUGAGCAGCUCCAGCCUGUCACCCACUGGGGAAAGACCUUCCUGGUGCCUCCCUUACCCUGGCAGACCAAGACAGAUAUUCUCUAUGUCUCAGCAUCUCAAACCACAGAUGUGAACUACCAGAUAGGAGAAAACAAGCAGACAGCCAGAGUGGAAGGCGGGCAGGUGCUGCAGGUUCAAGUCUUGCCCAAAAGCUCCGUCUACCUCUUCGCCAGUGCUCCCGUACAGGCGGUCUUCUAUAGCACAGGUGCAGUUCUCCGGAGCUUCAGCUAUGACACCUUGUUGAUGGCGAUUCCAGAUAAAGAGAAGUACAGCCGUCUUUACACUGUGACUGGACAAUCUGGCUUUCAAAAUUUUGUCUUUUUUGUGGCGAAGACUUCGGAGACUGGAGAAGUCACGCUGGACGAGAGUCCGUUGAACAAGUUGUUGUGGCAAAUGAUCCCUGGCACAGACUACUCCUGGGCCGCGUAUGAGCUGCCGUUAAGAACUUUGCCCUACACCAUAGCACAUCCGAAAUCCCCCUUUGGGCUCCUGAGUGUGGGCAUUGCUAAUAUGAACUGCUAUGGGACACCUGGUGCUGCUGUGGAAGGUGCAAAAGAGCUUAACUGCAGCAGCGUGCGGUGUCAAACAGGCAUGGAGUGCAAGAUGAUCAACGGGCAACCAACAUGUGUACCAGUCUCUAAUGCUACUUGCUGGGCAUGGGGUGACCCACACUACCAUACCUUUGAUGGGGUCAACUAUGACUUUCAAGGCACCUGCACCUACACAAUUGCCAAGACCCGUGAUGGUGGUCCCUUCGGGCUCCCGUCCUUCCACAUACAAGCCAAGAAUGAAAACCGAGGAAAUAAACGUGUCUCCUAUGUGGGUUGGGUGUCUGUUGAGGUUUACGGAUUCACCAUCACGAUCAGGAGGUCAGAAGUCAGUUUUGUCAGGGUGAGUGGUAAUCAAUAA